AGCUAUGUGAGGGAUCAGAUUACCUGAGAAAGCAGAAGAUAGAAGUCCUGCUUGAAAAGUUUAAAAGCUUCAAAAUGCUUCCCGGAGAAUCAUUUGAUAUGUUGGAUGAAAGAUUCCACAAGAUAUUGAAUGAUCUUGCAUCACUUAACCACGCUCUUUCUCCCAAAGAAAAGAAUGUAAGGUUGCUGAGAUCACUUCCAACUGAGUGGUACACCAAAGCCACAGCCAUGAAAGAAGGAAGAAACCUGGAGAACUACACUGUCCAAGCCGCCAAGCUCAAAAUGGAGAACUACGAUGAGGAAUUUGCCAUGAUGGUCAAGCAAUUCUGGAAGUUCAAGAAGUUCUUCAAGAAGGCUGAUUCAAUCAGAAGGCCAACCAAGGGAAAGCCACAAGUAAGUGACUCCCCUCCUGAAUCUUAUUUAUGUUAUAACUGCAGAAAGCCUGGCCACUGGAAGUCAGCAUGCCCGUACCCAAAGGUGGAGAAGUACGGAGAAAGAGAAAGGAACGAGAAGAAAAAGAAGGCAAUGGUUGCUGCUGAAAGCGAUGAAUCAUCCCGCUCAAGCUCGGAUGAAGAAGCCCUCGUUUGCAUGAAGCGCAGAGCUGAGAAGUCCAACCAUGAGGACAGGUGGACUAUGUUAGAAGAUGGCACUCUCUGCCUAAUGGCCAAAGAUGAUGCUGAUCAAGAGGAAACCUCACAAACCUCCUGCUCAUCUUCUGAUGAAAGCAUACUAACUUCUGAAAAUCUUUUUGACCAGUUCAAGAAGAUGAUGGAAGAUUUUGAGGAAAUAAAUCUCAAACACUCAUCCUUAACAGAAGAGAACAAGUUGUUAAGUGAAGAGAAUCUCAAAUUGACUGAAGGUCGGAAAAGUCAACUAAAUGAGAUCACUCAACUUAAAACUGAAAAUGAAUCUCUCUCUGAAAAGGUGAAAUCCCUUAAUAAAGAGCUAGGGAUACUUAAGUCCAAAGAAGCAGUGGAUAAGCUUCUUGAAUCGACCAAACAUAAGGGUCGUGAAGGACUUGGGUUUGACCCCUCCAGUUCCAAAAGGAAAGGAAGAACAACUUUCAUCCCUCCUAAACCUACUGCCAAACCAAAUAAGCAGAAAGGAAAGGAAAAGGAGAAACCAACAGAAGUUCCCAAAAAGGUUGUCGGCGCAAAUGUUCACUUCCAGAAGUUAGAAGCCAAGUGCUCUUCACAGACAUUCUUUGAAAGCUAUCUGGAGAUGAUAGCCGCUCAAGAACUCUCCGAAUUUCUUCAAAUGGAGAUUCGCCUCAAAUUUGAGGAAGAAGUUCUUGAAUUCUACAGAAAUGGAGAAGUCAGGACUGAUCAUUCAAAGAAGGACCCACAGAGGACGUUUCCAGUCAUCAAGUCCACUGUUGGAGGUACAAAAGUGAAGCUUUCGCAGAAGAAAUUAGGAGAAAAGCUUCGCCUUCCCAAUUCAGGAGUUGAAAUUGGGAAAUUUCCAGUCAAAAAUCUGGACUGGAACAUCAUUGGAAUCUCUGGGCAAAUUCCUUCUGGCCCGGCGAAGAAAGCAGAUCUAAACAAUGAUUACAAGUUGGUUUUUGAACUGGUCAUCGCUUGCCUCGAGUGUGGAAGUGGAGUUAAAGGGAAAAAGUAUGAAGCCAGAUACUGGCUAUACUACUUAUCCUCCAAAGGAGAAAACAGAGCUAGUACUAGUGCCACUGCAGAAGAAAGCUCAUCAGACAAUGUUCCACUCAUCAAUUUGGCAAAGACUGCCAAGAGAAAGCAUGUGGUGUCUCCCUCUCCAAGUGUUGAAGCACCACAGAACCUUGCUUUGAUCUGUUUGGAAGAGGAAGAAGAAGUCUCUGACCAUGGAGAACUUCAAAGGAAGAAGAAGAGGAAGAUCAACUCUCCAUCAACAUCUGGAAAUGUCCCGGAUGAGUUGAAGGAGAAGGAACCUGCUGAGGAAACCUCUGCCCAAAACCGGAGCCCUCAACAACUUGAAGAAGAAACUCCUCAAGUCCAAAGCCUUCCAACCUCAUCACCUCAACCUCAAAUAGAUGAUGCAAAUAAUACCAAUUCUGGCAGCUCUACUAUGAUUGGAAAGCCUGGAAAGUUGGAAAUUCAGCAGAGCAAGUCACAAGGUGUUUUGGAAGCAGCAGCUGAAGAUUUCCAAACACUUCCGGAAACCUCACAUGCUUCUGAAAUGGUUCUAACUGAAGAGAAGGCAACCUCUCCCCUACUAGAACAGAACCACAAAACAGCAGAAGAAGAAGAAUUUCAGCAACUGGGUCAAUCUCAAAUUCUUGAGAUUCUCACAACUGCAUGUGAGAUCUCCCAUCCUAGAGAAAUUGAGGUCCCGGAGAAGUCAACAGAAAUUCCGGAACAGUCAGCUCUCCUAGAAACAAUGGAGCAAGCUGUUGAAGCGCAAAGGAAUUCUGGAGAAGCUGAAAAGGAAACUCAAAUGGCAGAACUAGAGGUCUCUCAAACUCCAGUAGCCAUUUUUGAAGAACAGAAUGCAGCUGAAGAAAGAGACUCCCUCUCUAGGGAUAUAUCAAAUUUUGCGCUUGAUGCAGCAGAAGGAGAGUCUGAAAGAACACUGAAGGUUACUGAUGAAGAAGAUGUACAAGAAGAUGCUGAAUCUCUUCCUAUGCAACUCUUCCAAAGAACACCAUCCUCUCAUCAGGUAACCAAUUUUCAUUUUCAUAGCUCUUCCACCCCUACACUUCCGGAUAUUGUACCGGAAAUCUGGACAAAGAAGGUCCAAGGGCUGAUUGAAUCAGCCCUAGAAUCUCAACAUGCCUCCUUUAGGCAAGAAAUAGAGCAAAUGGAAGUCAGGUACACCCAGCUUAUAGAUAAAUCUGAAGAGAAACACAGCGCAGAUCUCAAAGAAAUAAGCAAAUCAGUGCACAAGACUCUGGAGAUUAUCUCUCUAUUGAGUGAAACUAUGUCCCUUCUCCAAAUGGACAUCAGAUCAGCCCUAGCAGUAGCUUCUGCAAAUCAGGUAGUGACCAAGGACUACUUGAAGGUGAUCAUUGACAAUCAAAAGGAAGCAUACAAGCUGUUCAGACUUAUUGGCACAAAUGCAGGAAACCGCAAGAUGGAAGUGAUUCUCCAACAACAUAGUCCAUCUCCAAUACCACAGCUCCCUAUUGCAGUCAAAGAAGGAGAAGUAUCUUAUAUUCCUUCUCAUCUGAACAUGACAAAUCUAAUCCUUGAAGCACUGCAAAGAAAUCCGGAAAACUCAGCACAGCAUCUAUCCAGCUCAGGACUGGAUGGAACAGAAUUUAUAGGUACAGUUGUUGAUCACUUCUCAAAUGAUGCUCAAUCAGAAGAAAGACGCAACAACCUAAGGCGCAUCAAAGAACUAUGUGGAAACAUGAAGGGCAUCAGUGAGGUUGCCGGAUCUUCAAAGCGCAAGAGAAACUGAAGGUUCUUUUCAUCAAACCAGGGGGAAAAGUGGUUAUCUUAAGUGUGAGUUUUAGGUUCUAGAUAUUUGAUUAAGUGUGUCAUAUCUUAAUUAAAUUCUAGAUUCAAACCCCAAGUUAGGAUAAGAGUGUGUAAUAUCUCUUAAACACCAACUUGGUUUAUCCAU